AUGGUAUUUUUCUGCUGCGACGGUUGUGGGGAAACAUUCAAAAAGAGCAAAGUCGAUACACAUGCUGCAAGAUGUCGGCAGUGUGCUUCCGUGAGUUGUGUUGACUGCAGCGUUUCCUUCUUUGGCGAUGACUACCGAGCACACACCUCAUGCAUCAGCGAAGCCGAGCGUUACGAGGGCAAAUUGUACAAACCUAAAAAGCGAAAUCCUCAAGAGGAAUGGAUGGACAUCGUGGAAACUUGCGCCCAAUCAGCACCCGCCCAUCUCAAAAACUAUCUGGAAACCAUGACAGACUUGGACAAUAUCCCGCGGAAAGAGAAGCAAUUUCGCAACUUCACCAUGAAUUCAUUGAAUCUAAGAGGCCGAGGAGAAGCCAUUGUAGGAGAAGUCUGGAAUUUGCUUAAGGCGGAACGCGAAAAGCGAACAGCGGCCAAGCAAGAGCAGGAGGCGAAGAAGAAGCACGAAGUAGAACUUCGGAAAAAGGAAGAUGGAGAGAAAAACCGAAGAGAAACGAAACAGACAGCAGUCGCAGAUAAUAGCGACGAUGACAGCGCUGGCGACAAUGAAGACACCAAAAAGUCAAAGGGGCAAAGUAAAGAACCGCCAUCAACUUCGAGUGAAUCCGUUGACAAGAAAAAGGUGAAAAAGCUGAUGAAAAAGGCACUCAAGAAAGCGCCAGAUCGAAAGAUGAAGCUGAAAUCCCUUCGAAAGCAGCUGGAAACCGAGAUGGGCUUGUCGAAAAAGUCAAAGAAAAUGUUGAAAGAACUCUUGUUGCAGGUUCCCAAAAGCAAGAAGAGCAAUAUCCUCAUUGACGGAAAGAUGAUCAGCAUGGAGUAA